GGGGUCGAACUGAACCAUCGUGACGUCAUUGCCAUUGGUUUCCUUCUACACACAGCACAUUAAACCCGCAUCAUCUCAUCUUUUCUGGUCUGGAUUACUUUAAACCCACAGUGAAGCUGCCAGUCUGAAGGAAGGCGGUUUUGCUAUAUUUGAUGAUUGCCUUGGUUGAGUAAGUGACGGAAAAUGGAAACGCUCUAAGAGCGAUGCCACGGGUUUACCUCCCACUAAACUCAAUUCAUCCUCAGAACUGAAUUAGUUUAGUCUUUAAAAAAUAUCGAUUUCAUUUGAACACUCAGUUAUCAGUCAAUCAUCAACAACAGCGAAGGUGAAGACGCUGGGUUUUGUUACAACUGUGAGUAGCCGCGAGCUUCUGUGAUAUAGCCACUGGCCCUCCACCCACCUCAAGAUGCACAUGAAUAGCUUAUUAAACCAGUGCACGGAGAUCUCCAGGAUGUGUGAGGUGGACGUUUCAUCUGAGCCCACCAGCCCGACGCUGUUUAGAGAGUCUUCUGAUACGUACUGCCAUGUGGACCGUUGGCAGAAAUUACGCACAGCUGUCCGCAAACUAGAGUUUUGGGAAAACUUCACUCAUGAGCUCAUUGGCAGUGGCUUCUUCUCAAAGGUUUACAAGGUGAACCACAAUACAACACGAAAAGUGAUGGUAGUAAAGAUCUAUAAGAACGAUGUGGACCAGGACAGUAUUGUGCGAGAAAUCAGCCUUCUGCAGAAGCUCUCUCAUCCUAACAUAGUGAGGUAUCUGGGUAUUUGUGUGAAAGAGGACAAAUUAUACCCUAUUCUGGAGUACGUUAGUGGCGGAUGUUUAGAGGAGCUGUUGGCCAGAAAAGAUGUUCCUCUGUGCUGGAGAGAGAAAGUGGAUCUGGCCUCUGACAUCACCAGAGGAAUGAUUUAUCUGCACUAUAAAAACAUCUACCACAGAGAUCUUAACUCUAAGAACUGUCUGAUAAGGGUUACUGCCAGAGGCCGAGAGGCGCUGGUGACUGAUUUUGGGUUGGCUCGAGAGGUGGUUGAACUUCCUGCAAAGGACAGAAAGCUUUCACUUGUGGGCUCUGCCUUCUGGAUGGCACCCGAGAUGUUACGUGGAGAGCCCUACGACCGCAAGGUGGAUGUUUUCUCUUUUGGGAUUGUUUUGUGUGAAAUCCUGGCUAGAGUCCCAGCAGACCCAGAAAUUCUUCCACGAACACAGGACUACGGCUUGGACGUGCCAGCAUUCAGCAAAAUGGUCAGCGGGUGUCCUCAGCAUCUUUUGGAGCUGGCAGCAAGCUGCUGUCUGAUAGAGGCUUUCAGGAGACCCUCUUUCACAGAGCUUCAGGAGGAGUUGGGUGAAAUCUCUGAAAGUUUGGAGUCUGAUCUCACGACAGGCUGAGCUGCAGCAGGUGCUUCGGUAUCCCACCAGCCCUGCAAUAGACACCAACAGCUGGACACAGUCAAUCACAAACCCAGCUGAAGAUUUAUUACUGAGCUCCUUGCAGCUUAAGGACAUUUUAUGGACUUGAAGCUUGGUGAGCUUCCCUCAUCACAGUUUAACUCAGCACAACUGUAUGUAGUUUGUUCUGCAUACAGUAUACAUACACACUGUAAAAAUGAUGUCAGAUCAACAUAUAUUUUUACUUUAAGUUAACACAUUAAAAGAAACAAUUUCAACAUGUUUUAUAAGUUAUGUUAUAACUUAUCACAAGUCAAAAGUUAAUAAUAGUAGGUUGAAAAACUGUUGUAUGAGGUUUUAGCUAAAGUGUGCCUAGCUGUUUGCAGUGUCAACAUUUCAAGAUAAGGAUUUCUGCGUUUUAUAUUAAUCCUUUUAUAUUUAAAAUAUCGGUCUGAGACACUUUAUCCAAAUCUCACAAAGCAUGGUUUCAAAUAACCAAAUAAGAUUUUUUAGCGAGUAUUUGGUAAAUAUACAGUAUAUAUUAUUAUUAUUGAGGAAAACAUUUAUUUUGGUACUAUCCAUCCCAAAAUGCACAAAUAUAUAUUGACUGUUUUUAUACUAGGACAAACUUGUUUGAAAAAGUCAAGAGAGUAUUUUCUUUACUGUUAAGCAGUUUAUACAAAAGCAAGUUCCUAGUUGUAGUGUUUGCUUUCACUGUGAGCUGAGCUCAUGCACUUUGUAAACUCUCCAUAUAGAGCAUUGUUUUCUGCCUUUAAGGCGUUUGUGUUGCUGUGACUCACCAGUAGUUAUAUUGCAAUGCUCUGACUGAGUGUUUGGUGAUUUUUUUUUUAAUGUUUAAUCAAACAACAAAGCUCUAACAAUGUAAGUUCAAUGCACAUGCUUCAUUGUUUAUGUUGGUUUCUUUUACCUAAUACAUUUAUAGUCUUUAAACAUUUUACGAUAAUGUGGCAUAAGAAAUUUGCGGCAAACUAUUAUGUUCAAGCUGGAUGAUGGUGUGCAAGGCAUAAAAUUAGUCAAAAAUGUCUUUACAUUACUCAAUACUGAAAUGUAUUACUUGCCACCAAUGUUAUGGUUGUUUUUAUUUUGUCAAUUGUUUAAUAAUUAAUAUUUAUAAAUAAGUUCAUAAAACAUAGCUGCUUUUUAUUAUGCGUUUAAUGCUGUUGUGAAUUGUAUUUGGAGAUCUUUGAAGUUAACAUAACAAAAUCGAUAUUCUGUGCCUCUGAGAAUCUCAUAAAGAGAAUAUUUUCAUGCUAAGCUCACCGUCAUGGGUACGCAGACCCAAUCAUGCAUAUUCUAAAUCUUUCUGUGGUUUGUAGUGUUUUUGUAAUACUUUGUGUAAAGAUGAAAGAAAGCGUAUUUGAACAGUGUUUAUUUUUCAAAUAAAAUGAUUGAAAACCUG